AUGGACGACAGAAUAUCCGAAUUGCCAAUACCUAUACGUCACCACAUUCUCUGUCUCCUCUCCCAAAAAGAAGCUGUCAGAACUUGUGUACUCUCCAAACAAUGGCGCCACGUAGGAUCAACCCGCCCCAACCUCGAAUUUUCCGAAGAAUGGUUCGACAACACACAAGAAAAGUUUGUCUCGUUCGUCGAUCGAACCCUACAAGGAUACCGUGAUCACAACCUCUCCAUACACAAACUCCAUCUCGACUUUUGGGAGCCCAACUCUGUCGUCUCCCUUCUCGACAAAUGGAUCCCGAUAAUAGCCCUGAACAUAAAAGCGUUCAAACUCAACUUUCUUUCAAAUACUCCAGCGUAUUACUACCUGCCCUCAGCAAUCUUGGCAGCCGAAUCCCUUGAAGAACUACACCUGAGCAAUUGCAGGCUGAGCCCGGGCGAGAGCUUGCGGUUCAAAUGUUUGCGCACACUCACCCUCAAAGAGGUCCAAGUUGAUGGAGGGACUUUUGAGAAGAUAACUUGGGGUUGCCCUUUGCUCAGGCGCCUCGUCCUUACUAAUUGUUGGGGGUUGAGAAACGUUAGGCUGAGCGAGGCGGCAUUGCCUGGGCUCAAGUACUUUGAAUUACAGGAUUCCGCGAGUAUUGAAGGGCGUAGCAUCGGAAUCGAUGUCCCGAAUCUCGAGAGAGUCUCCAUCGCGGGCCCAUAUAUUUGGUCUCACCGCCAAAGCGCAUUCUCGUUCUCUCGUCUCACGAGUUUGAGUUUCUAUUAUGUCAUCCUGUCGAGCGAGUCGUUCGACCUGUUAUCGUUCGCCUGCCCGACUCUUGCGAGCUUGGCCCUACGUAAUUGCUCCGGUUUUGAGGAAUUCCAUCUUGCAAGUGAUUCGGUCAAGUUAUUGAGCAUCAGGACCGAAAAAAUAUUGCUUAAAGGAGUUACGAUUUGUGCCCCCAACAUUGUCAGUUUUGAUUUCACUGCCGAUAUUCCCCAGGUGCCGGACACAUUCUCUUUCACUACCACUACUUCUAAGGAGUGGCACUCACAUGUAAUCCUCUCUUCGUGGGAGGGAGAUCCCGAUUUGGACAUCAAUUCGUGGUUCCUUAAGCUGAGACGAAUGCUCAAGGCACUAAGUGGGUCUUCGAUUUCUCUGUCUCUGACGAUGAACGGCGGUCCUCAGGACAUGCCCUGUAGUGCUGUUGUAAAUGAUGAGCCGCCUGUUGUGGUGUGGAGCUUGAAUUUUACAACUUUCAUAUGUCGCACGUCGUCCUGGUACUUGGGGUUUACGAAUGGCUUGUUUCGUGUUUGUCGACCGAGUCGUGUAUCAGGUGGUAGCCUCGUGAGCGGGUCGGACAUGAACUACAUGCUCUCGGAGUUUCAAUUAAACAUCUUGCUUCCUAACAAGAGCCUCGUGACCAAGCCCUACUUUUGGCAGCACGAUUUGGAGCAAGUGCACGUCAAUGGGGAGCUCGUGCAGUACACAGACUUGUCGAAAUUGCGAAACAGGACAUAUUAUGCUAACGAGCCAUCAAGGGAGGGAGGCACUCGGCAAGGGGCUGAUGGACUACACGGGUGCCAAGAGUGUGCUUUACCCCCGAGACCGCAUUGUGGCUGA